GUUAAAAUCAAUCAAUGUUUGAUCAGAGCUUUCGUUAUGAGCAUCAGAGAGCUUUUUAAAAUCAUUCCCCCUUUACUGAUAUACAUUUAUAGGUUUUGACUCUCUGCAUGGCCUGCUACUACUAGUUUUCUGUGAUGACGAAGCUGAAGGUCACUUAGUCCAUUUCGAGCUGAUCAUUUGUAUGUCUGCACAUCCUGCUCUAAAGUCUGGAACAAAUGGGCAAUGCUGGAUUUGCAUAAUUCUUCUUUUUUUUUCUUUUGGAUGCAGGCGGGAGGAAUAAAAGAACGCGGAUAUUCAGCAAACGUCUGACGUGUGCGAUCAGAGGCUCCUGGAAACCGUGGACGUGAUAAAAUGUGGGGUUUUCUAAGGUAAGUCUGGUGAUCUUCUCUUUUUCCGUCCCUAUUCAUUACCAACACGGCGUCGGAGGUCCAGAAAUAAAACGGAUUGACAGGUUUGGCUCGUUACUUAGAAACAAGAAUUAGAGCUGUCAUAAACGUCAAUGCAGAAGUAAAAUUGAAUGCUGGCGAAGUUGCCCUUUUUGGCAGAGACUCUAAAAGCACGAGAACCUAUUAAAAAUGUAUUUUACCCAGAAACGGGUCAUUACUCACCCAGUGUACAUAGACAAACAUGAUGAUCUUACAUCUGAUGUUUAUCUCCUAUUUUAUUUCAAGGCAAAUAUGUAUUAAUGUUAAACAGAAAUGAAUGGAUUCUGCUUAUUGCCUUUUCCAGGAUGAGGGAGCCGCUUUUGUUUGCACUCACGCUCUCAGGUCAGAAACAUGUGUUGUUGUUGUUGUUGUUGUUGUAUUGAGGUGGGUGAACACAGCAUAAAAUGCAAUAAAAAAGCCCUCCUUUGUCCAUCAGGACUGUGUGCCGCCACCUACAAACAGUUCCACUACAUUAGGAACGCGGUCACCUGGAGCCAGGCUCAGAGCUUCUGCAGAUCCAUGUACUCAGAUCUGGCAACCAUAGAAAACCCGGACGACAACCAGGCCAUAAUCAACAUCCAGGAGCUCCUGAAUUUCGUGUGGAUCGGUUAUCAUGACGACCUGAGGAUAUGGAGCUGGGCGCUGGGGAACGAGCGCUUCAACAACGACGUAGAUUACGACAGCUGGGGCGUGAACGAGCCCUGGGACCUGCGAUCCGGGAACCGCUGCGCCGUGGUGACGCAAGGGGGGUUCUGGCACGACAUGGCGUGUGACAGCCUCCAGUUCGCAGUCUGCUAUUCUAGAAGCGGUUCAUCCCCGUAUGCUUUCGUAGCAACUGCCAUGACUUGGUACCAGGCUCGACAACACUGCCUGACGACCCACACGGACCUGGCCAGUCUCACUACCUACUAUGAGAACCACGAGGCGUCCCUGGAGGUGUUGGGGGACGCCUGGAUGGGCCUCCACAGGCAGCCGUGGGCCUGGUCCGACGCCAGCACCUCCAACUACACCAACUGGGGUUCGGUCCAGCCCACUAACAUUGAGAGCAUGACCUCCUGUGUCACGGUCAGCACCACGACGGGCCUGUGGUGGCAGGCCGACUGUUGGGAGGAGCACGAGUUCGUCUGCGAAGCCGUGUCCACCUCGCCGAGCAGCACCAUCAUGGUUCAGGACAAGAUAUGGACAAAAACACUGUACAAGCUAAAGUUGAAGUGGGAGGAGGUGCUGAACGACCCUGCUGUUUGGAAUCAGCUUUUACAGCAGCUGCAGGUUCACCUGAAGAGACACACGUUAGCUGACAUUAACCUCUACUGGACUCGGACUUAUGAGCAAACAUUUUCCAAGAGACAAGCAGAGAAAUGUUCUCCUGUCUAUUCUAAAUAGGUGCGUUUAUCAAUGUGUGUAUGUUACUGUAUGUUUAUGACUCACAGGAGAAUAAAAAACAAUAUACA